UUACUAGUAGAGUAAACAUGUCGAGUGACUUCAUUAAGAAACUUGAAGAUCAGUCUGAUGUUGUUUUGAGAAAAACCAAAGAUUAUCUCCCCUUCCUAUCAAGAUUAUGCCUUGUUGCAACAUUUCUUGAAGACGGAGUGAGAAUGUGGUACCAAUGGAAGGAGCAAAGCAACUACAUAAACCACCAUUGGAACUGUGGCGCCUUUAUUGCUAACUCCUUUGUUAUUUACAAUCUUCUUGGACAGAUCAUACCAUCAGGUUUGGUAUUAGCAAGAAAGUAUGUGAAGAUAUGUGUAGGAGUACUAUUUGGUGUUGUCCUCACACAAACUGUUGGUUAUGGAAUUCUCUUCGACGUCCGAUUUUUGCUCAGAAAUGUAGCACUAAUGGGUGGCCUUGUGUUACUGCUAGCAGAGGAUAUGGGUGAAGCUAAAACCAUGUUCGCUGGUGUUCCUACUAUGGGAGAGAAUAAGCCUCAGAACUACAUGCAACUAGCUGGAAGAGUGCUUAUUUGCCUUAUGUUCCUUACUUUGCUCGGCGAAAUGAGCUUUGAUAACUUCUUCACUGAGAUUGUCCGAGCUGUGGAGAUCAUUGUUGGACUGCCUCUGAUGAUAUGUGUCUGCAUUGGCUACAAAACGAAGCUAGCUAGCUGUGUUCUAGUUGUAUGGCUCUUCAUCAUCAAUCUCUAUCUCAACCCCUUCUGGAUGUACAACAAAAGUAGAGCUAUGCACGACUUCGUCAAAUAUGACUUCUUUCAGACGUUAUCAGUUAUUGGCGGUCUACUCUACGUCAUCACACUCGGUCCUGGUGGAGUCAGUUUUGAUGAGCACAAGAAAAACUGGUAGAGAGAAAAACUCCUGACGAUGAGGAUCUCAUUUCCUGCUAUUACUUACUGCUAAUUAUCGCUAAUUAGUAAUGAUUAUCGCUAAUUAGCAGGGAUUUCUAUUAAUUGUUGCUGGACAAUUUCGGGGGUUAAAUAAUUUAAAUUCUAAUUUCAUGAGCAGCUACUGGUCUGUCGACUAAUAUUUUAAAGGUAUUUGAAUGGAGCUUUUUAAGAUUUUUGAUGGUUUUAAAUUUUGUCACAAUAAGAAUAUGGAUUUAAAUAACCAACUGUAAGUUUAAUGAAGCGUCAUGUAGAUUAUCAGAAUUUCAAACUUUGAAUCCUGCCCUCAACAUCACCACUUACCACUACUCACCACUACUCACCACUACUCACCACUACUCACCACCACUACUCACUACUACUCACUACUCACUACUCUCGCAUUGUAAUGUAGAGAAUAACACUUGUAUUGGUUUUCAAGCAGUCUGUUCCUUACCCUCAUUAACUAGCCAAGCACUUUCUCAACCUUUAAUUGAAGAAAACCUACAAAGUGGCUAGUACUAAUUGCCUAGUUCAUACUCAGCUAACUCAUGUUAUGUAGUGCAGAUUUUCUCACGGUUGCUUCCGGACCUGAGAAACAAAUAAUUUAAGAUCCUGAUAAGUUUGAUCCUCGGAAAUCAAGUCGAUUUCUGGGAUUGUAUUUAUAAUAAUAUCAGGCCGAUUAUAGAAUAUAGAUGCACUUACAUUUAAUUCACAUAAGGUAAGUCAUGUGUAAAGUGUUGUUUAUGUUUGUGUAAUUACUGUGUCUACACACUCUACUGUAAACAUCGCACAUCACUGCAC